CAGGGGGUCGGCAUGGGGGGGGGUGGAGGAAGCAGCGCGUGGCGCGCUACGUAAGGGGGUGGCUCCGCCGGGACUGCGAGCUGGUGUUUACGAGGAGGAUGCUGGUGGUGGAGGUGGCGAACGGCCGCUCCCUGGUGUGGGGGGCCGAGGCGGUGCAGGCGCUGCGGGAGCGCCUGGGAGUAGGGGGCCGCACGGUGGGCGCCCUGCCCCGCGGACCCCGCCAGAACUCGCGCCUGGGCCUCCCGCUGCUGCUGAUGCCCGAAGAGGCGCGGCUGCUGGCCGAGAUCGGCGCGGUGACCCUAGUCAGCGCCCCGCGCCCGGAUCCCCGCCAACACAGCCUGGCAUUGGCAUCCUUCAAGCGCCAGCAAGAACAGGGCUUCCAGGAGCAAAGUGCUCUGGCAGCUGAGGCCCGUGAGACCCGUCGUCAGGAGCUCCUAGAGAAGAUUGCAGAGGGUCAGGCUGCGAAGAAGCAGAAGCUGGAACAGAAAUCAGGGACCAGCGGGAGCCAGGAGGCCGGUGGGAACCAAGCUGCAGAAGAGAAUGAGGCCAGCGCUGGCCAGGCUGCUGGAGAGCACGAGGAAGCAGGCUCCUCCUCUCCCCAGCCAGGGCCUUCAAAUGGGGUGGCUCCUUUGCCCAGGUCUGCUCUGCUCAUCCAGCUGGCCACUGCUAGGCCUCGGCCCAUCAAAGCUAGGCCCCUGGACUGGCGUGUCCAGUCCAAGGACUGGCCCCACGCUGGCCGUCCUGCCCACGAGCUUCGCUACAGCAUCUACAGAGACCUGUGGGAGCGAGGCUUCUUCCUCAGUGCGGCUGGCAAGUUCGGGGGCGACUUCCUGGUCUAUCCCGGCGACCCGCUCCGUUUCCACGCUCACUACAUCGCUCAGUGCUGGGCUCCCGGGGACCCCAUCCCACUCCAGGACCUGGUUUCUGCUGGCCGCCUCGGCACCAGUGUCAGAAAGACACUGCUGCUUUGCUCUCCGCAGCCUGAUGGUAAGGUGGUCUACACAUCCCUGCAGUGGGCCAGCCUGCAGUGAACUCCAGAGACCUGUGGGCAUGUGGCUGUGUCCUUGGCAAGAGCCUUUCUAGAUUGUCCCAAGCUCAUCUCCGAGUGGGAGGCUCGUCCACCCUCCUGCCUCUCUCGGCAGUUAGUUUUUGAUUCCAGAUUUAUAAACACUACAUCCUUCUCAUGUCCCUCCCUGAUUCAAAGCACUUAGUGGCUGUGUUGUUUUUAUAGUUACCUAUUUCCAACUGUGAGUUUCUUGAGUGUGAAAGCUGAUUCAUCUCUGUUUCCUACAGGGCUUAGGUCCCAAGAGGCCUCAAUAAACUUGUUGAAUAAA